UGUUGCAACAACGUUAACCGUCGUAGAUCGACGCAUUUCAAGAGAUGGCUUUAACUGGAAUAAAUGUGUAAUUUGAGACACAUUUGUUUCUUUGUUGUAGUUAUUUGGAAAGAAAGUGUUCGUAGUAGCGAAGUACCGUAUUCGUAACGUCGGUAAAAGCGCCUCCAGGAGACAACUCAGUGCUCCUCAGCGUUGCGUUGUUUCAUCCGGACAUUUUGCUAUUGAAUUGAAACACUUUGCAAGUAAUACGAUGAACUAUUCAGACUAUGACUCGGACGGUUAUUCGUCUAAUGACGAUGCAGACUACGUCCCUACAGAUGAUAACCUCAGUGAAGAUGACAUGAACGAGUGUGAGAGGGAAGAUCCUCUGGAUGAAAAUGAUGAUGUACCACAUGGUGGAGAUAUUACCAAAAAGAAGAGAAAGGGGGAAAACAUCAGCAUGAGAAAGAGGAAAAAAGGAUGUCUGCAAUUAAAGGGUAAGGAGCAGAAAAAUGAGGAUGGGGCAGAAGAAAAACGGGAAGUUCAGGAAGAGACUGAGGAGACUGGAAAAUCCAAUGAAGAGAAGGAGGCUCAAGAUGAGAAACAAAAGCAGAAAGCAAAUGACCUCUGGGCUAGUUUCCUGAGUGAUGUUGGAUCUAGACCCAAAAUAGCCACACCUUCCCCAGAGUGUUGCACCAUGCAAAAGACUGACUCUUCAACAUCAGAGGCAUCUCCAUCGUCUAAAGAACACGCUAAGGCAUCAGCGGACUCUAAAGUUACCAUCACUAAGGUCUUUGACUUCGCUGGAGAGGAGGUCUUGGUCACUAAAGAGGUAGCCGCAGACUCAAAGGAAGCAAAGAGUUAUCUGAAGAGCCAGAACGACAAAAAUGAAAAGGAAGAAAGUAGCACAGCACCCAGUGAACUCCUACACUCCGGUUUCGGUGCCAAGCGGACAGUGGGCAUGGUCGGCAUCCUGGGUCAUAUCAGGGGUAAGAAACAGAAGAUGAGCACGCUGGAGAAGUCCAAGCUGGACUGGGAUGCCUUCAAAGAUGAGGAGGGCAUCUCAGAAGAACUGGCCAUCCACAACAGAGGCAAAGCGGGGUAUGUGGAGCGGAAGAAUUUCUUGGAGCGUGUUGACCAACGACAGUUUCAGCUGGAGAAAUCAGUCCGACUCAGCAACAUGAAACAAUGAUGAAAAGACUGACAAAACACACACACACACACACACACACACACACACACACACACAUACACAACAACAUAUGACCCUAACCUUGGCCCUGAGUACAUACUGAAACGUGUUUUUUGAGAAAUGUUUUGACUUCCUGUAUUUCUGUCACACUCUUUAACUUAUGAUCUAUGAGGUUAUGCAAUGAUAAUGAUCAGGUGUUGAGAGUGUGUGUGUAAAUGUCCUGUAGUCCACCAUUUGGUUGACUUGGGAUUACUGGGAAGAGAGGGAGCUGAGAUUUGUGAACGACAGAGAUUGGGUUGUCGUUAUUUCACCUGUCACUAAGGGCUGAGGUAGAAAAAGCCGUUUUUUAUUUGAUUAUGGAGUCUAAACAGAAUUCUUUGUCUGUACAUGUUUAUAAAUACUCAAUAAAAACAUGCUGAGACCUUUUGGGUUAUUACAUGUUUGUUAGCCAAGCCUGGAAAUGGUAUGUUUGUUCUGUAAUUUGGUGUAACUGUUUGAGGAUGAUGUGGGUUAUGGCACCACAUCCAUUCAGCGACCAUCCCUGCUUGGAUUCAAAAGCAGAUUACACUGGUAAAACGUACACUGUUUGUUACUUUUUACAGUACUACUUGUAAAUAUUAGCCCCCUUUUUUUCCACUUAAAUUUUGAGGUAGUGGUUGUUACAGGGUUAGAUUUGUUUACUUUUUUUCCCCCCUUCUUUCCCGUGGUGGCCCAGUGAUGAUGAGUAGUGGAGUGCAGGCACAUAGGAGAUCAACAAAGUGCAUAUAAUUUUAAGAAUUGUGGGGGGGGGGGGCAGAUACCCCCAAGAUCCAGAAUAGCCUCCCAAGAUGUGCCCAAAAUGAAUGCGAAGGGCGUCUGCCUGCUCAAUGUCAUUGUGUUGGUGAUGGCCACUAAGGCACAUCGAGAUUAUUCUCUCAGGUCCCCUGUUUGUAUUGUUGAAGUAGCAUGUGUUAUUAAAAUGCUAAUGUUGUAACCAGUAUGGCACAGAAGAGGUUGGUGACGCAAGUGGAGACUUUUUGCAUAGUGUUUCAGCGGUCUUGAUUUGCUUUGGCUUCUGUUAAUCUGAGAAAUUAUGUUUCAUACAUAGAAAUUAUGGUCAGUGUGUGAUAGACAAUAAUUCAUAAUCUGACCUAUUUAUUACUGGCCUGAUGAUAACAUGCUUACAUUAUAGCUCCAGAUCCCGCUCAGUUCAUAUUGCUCAUAUAGAGCACAGAUGUGGCAUGUAUAUGAAAAAUUUGGUUCCCAGGGAGUUUCAGGAUAAUUCAAACCCUGAUUUUAAGUUGUUUUUUUAUUACUUUGAAGCCUGAAUUGUAUGUCCAUUAAAAACGAUUUUUUUUUCUAU